UCGACGGCUACAGCGGGCGGGUUUCCUGUGAAGAAGCAAAGUCUUCUCAAGCACCACGGUUCAGAGGAGUCUGACUGGAUGUAUCUCUUGCAAACUGGAAUGCAGCACAACGUGAACUGGUUGCAGGCUCUGCUUGUCCUAAGCCUAAGUGUGACCCUAGGGUGGACCGUGGAGGUUCAGCGACCUCGUGGGGUCCCACUGACAAAGCGGCAGUUCUAUGACGAGGCAAAGCCGUUCACCUGCCUGGAUGGGUCACGCACCAUUCCGUUUGACCGCGUCAAUGACGACUACUGUGACUGCAAGGACGGCUCUGAUGAACCAGGGACUGCGGCAUGCCCUAAUGGCAGCUUCCACUGCACCAAUGCUGGCUACCGGCCCACCUUCAUCCCCUCCUCUCGCAUCAAUGACGGGAUCUGCGACUGCUGUGAUGGCACCGAUGAGUACAACAGCGGUGCUUCCUGCCAGAAUACCUGCAAGGAGCUGGGUCGCAAGGAAAGGGAGGCUCUUCAGAAGUUAGCCGAGAUCACCAAAGAAGGCUUCCUGUUGAAGCAGCAGCUGAUCGAGGAGGCCAAGAAAGGGCAGCAGGAGAAGCAGAGCAGACUGUCUGAGCUCCAGGACAGUCGGAAGGGACAUGAAGACAAGGUGGAGGCACUCCGCACCGUGAAGGAAACAGCAGAACAGCCGGAGAAGGAAGCCAAAGAACGCCACCUCAAGGCUUGGGAGGAGCACAAGGCAGCACUCCGUCUGGAGAAAGAGAAGGCCAAGAUGGCUGAGGUGUUUCUUGAGUUGGAUGACAAUGCAGAUGGCUUCGUGGAUGUGUCUGAGCUGCAGACCCAUCAGGAGCUGGACCCAGAUGGAGAUGGCACUCUAACUGACACUGAGGCUCAGGGGUUGCUGGGAGGAGCGCAUAAAGUGGACUCUACUGAAUUCAUGAAUAUGUGGAGCAACAUGAAGGAAAAAUACGUGUCAGAGUCCCAGCCACCCACCCCCUCGUCGUAUGACAGCUCCCAUGAUGAGCAGAAGGAUUCUACUUCAGACAAAGACCAGGAGAGAGAUUUGGACAAAGACCCAGACAGUGUGUACCCUGAAGAUGACCUUGACGAAGAUGCUGCUGGCGAAGAUGAUGAGGAUGAUGAUGACGAUGAUGAUCGUGAUGACGAUGACGACAAGGUGCCACCUGCACCACAGCCCUCAGACCACAGUGACAGUCCUGAGGAGGUCAUGGCACCAUAUGAUGCUGAGACGCAGGCCUUGAUUGAUGCUGCACAAAAAGCUCGAGAUGAGUUUGAGGCAGCAGAGAGGUCUCUUCGGGAAGUGGAUGAUCAGAUCAAGGCUCUCGAGAAGGAAAUCUCUUUUGACUUUGGCCCCAGUUCUGAGUUUGCCUACCUCUACAGCCAGUGCUAUGAGCUCACCACCAAUGAGUACAUCUACAGAUUGUGUCCAUUCAACCGUGUGUCCCAGAAACCCAAAUAUGGGGGAUCAGAAACCAGUUUAGGGUCAUGGGGCUCCUGGUCAGGACCAGAGGACAAUAAAUACUCAGUGAUGAAAUAUGAACAUGGCAUGGGAUGCUGGCAGGGUCCAAAUAGGUCUACCACGGUGAAGCUCACCUGUGGGAAGGAGACUGCAGUGGUCUCUACUUCAGAACCAAGCCGUUGUGAGUACUUGAUGGAAUUCACCACACCGGCAGUGUGUUUGGAGCCACCAAACAUCGAUACUCAAGUGCAUGAUGAGUUCUAGAGCUGCUGCUGAGAGAACUGUACUAUAAUGGGACCAGACCCCCUCCUCCAUCUUACCACCUUCCAGUACUGCAGAUCUUCUCAAAUCCAGGAAAAGAGACUGCACUUGUGGUGAAUAGCAUCCCUUCUACUUCUCUGAUGUCUGCUGUUGUGUUGUGUAAACCUGUGCUUUUCCAAAUAAAGUGUUUCUCCUGUCCCAUGUUGGAGAGAUG